GUAGCUUGCUGCUCUCAGCAGUGCGUGAGGGAGGAUUUCAAGGAGUGAUACAAAUCAUGGCGCUGAUUUUAAACAUCCUGUCGCCAAGGAGGUUAGGGAAGUUAAUUACAAACACACGUGUAAGGCACCACUCCAGUCUAACAACUGAACUUAUCAACAACAUGGACAAGAAAGCAACAUGGGACCGGUUCUACACAGAAAAAAGCAAGGCAACCAAUUUCAAGAAUUUUGAGUGGUUCUUUGGUUUCGACGCAAUCCGGGACUUCAUCUUGCCCAUGCUGCAUUCACAGACCAACUCUGAUGCCCUACAUGUUCUGGACAUGGGCUGUGGUACCUCUGCCCUAGGACCCUGCAUAUACAGAUACUCUCCCUGGCCAGUGCAGGUGACCUGCGCUGACAUCUCUGCUAUUGCUGUGCGCCUUAUGCAGGAACACACAGAAACCAAAGCCCUGCAACCUCAGAACACUUCCUCUAAGUUGGACUUCUUAGAACUGGACUGCUCUCAUCUCCACAAACACUUUGGUUCUGAGAGCCUAGACCUCAUUCUAGACAAGGGCACCAUAGAUGCCUUGCUAAGGUCGAGGGAAGGUGGAGCAAAGGCCAGCCAGGUGCUUAAGCAGUGCCUAAAGGUGUUGAGGGACUCUGGGUCUCUCUUUCAGUUCUCGGAUGAGGACCCUGAUGCCAGGAUGUUGUGGCUGGAGAAAGAGGGCCGGGAGCCAGGGGUGAUGGUUGCCGAUGUGGGGGUGCAGGAGGUGGGGGAGCUAAGGGGAGUAACUUAUUACUGCUACCAAGUUACAGCUCGUCCUGUAGCACAGUAGAUACAGUGAGGGAAAAAAGUAUUUGAUCCCCUGCUGAUUUUGUAUGUUUG